GUGGGUCUCUGUCUCGCCCUCACACACUCGCUGGUCCUCUCGCAACUCUUCUCGGGAUCUCCGGAUCCCUUCUGACGGUGACAGGCUCCCCACACCAAGCAGUCACCAUUUCCGCCCCCGGGAGACCCACGCUGGCAGCGCAGCCCCUUCCCCGACUCAGCAUCGGGAGGAAGACCCUGGUGGCGGCUGCCGUAGGGGUUAUGCUGGUCCUGGUGCUGGUGGUCCUCAUCCCCGUGCUCGUCAGCUCUGUGGGUACAGAUGCCAGCCACUAUGAGAUGCUGGGCACCUGUCGUAUGGUGUGCGACCCCUACCUGAACAAGGGCACUCCGGCCAGCAGCACCAGCUCCACCGGUCUCCAGGCUGAGGCAGAGGCGUUGAGCGACCACGGCAACGUGCUUCCACCCUCCACCUUACUGCAGGGCCCACAGGGCAAGCCUGGCAGGCCAGGCAAGCCCGGACCACCGGGACCACCUGGGGAACCGGGUCCACCUGGACCUGCGGGGCCUCCUGGUGACAGAGGGGAUCAGGGACGGACUGGGAUUUUGGGUCUGGGGGAGAACGGAGCUAUCAGCACGGCCACCUACAGCACAGUGCCUCGGGUGGCCUUCUAUGCAGGGCUUAAGAACCCCCACGAAGGCUACGAGAUCCUCAAGUUUGACGACGUGGUCACCAACCUAGGCAACAACUAUGAUGGCAUUUCGGGCAAGUUCAUCUGCAGCAUACCAGGCACAUACUUCUUCAUCUACCACGUGCUGAUGAGAGGAGGAGAUGGCACCAGCAUGUGGGCAGACCUCUGCAAGAAUGGCCAGGUUCGUGCCAGCGCCAUCGCCCAAGACGCUGACCAGAACUACGACUACGCCUCCAACAGCGUCAUCCUCCAUCUGGACGCCGGCGACGAGAUAUACAUCAAACUGGACGGAGGCAAAGCCCACGGAGGAAACAACAACAAGUACAGCACCUUCUCCGGCUUCAUCCUCUACGCCGACUGAGAGCAGACAGACACAGAGACAGUCAGUGGGGAAGAGAUUGAGCGAAAGGAGUUGUGGGGGUGGGGUGGGGGUUUGAGGGGGGGUGAACGUGUGUUAAAAGCUGGAAUGCGUUCUAGUUUUCCUAAUUCUCUCCAUCAUCAUGGACACUUCUGCUUCGUAAAUUCAUCAGCCGAGACAUCCAGGCUCUGUAGCCGAGUUCUGGAUGCAAAGCUCCCGAAGGACACACUGCGUGGGGGGCCGGGGCGGGAGUGGGCCGCUUUCUUCCCCCCCCCCCCCCGACACUCCUCGCCACGAUGCCGACGCGUCGGCAAGCUCCUCGCUUUCGGUCUCUCUCCUCUUCAGACCUGCUCCAUUGCACCGAAAUAUCAACAUACAAAAAUGAAAACCCCGCAAAAGUGGACGACCUCACCUCUUCUCUCCACAGUGGCAACGGUCGGCCGCGCUGCCGGUGGACUCGAUUGACUCAAACUCGUGGUGUUGUUCCGUGCAAUUUUCCUUAGAGUGUUUAUAUUUUGUAGACAUGCAUAAUAAUCUACAAACAAAAAAAGAAAAAAAUGAAUAUAUUUGUCCCGUGUGAAGAUAUCCUGUUUGACUGAGAGAGCGGGGUUUGUGAGAUGUUAUUUGUGAUGCAGCUCAGACAUCUAACAGCUGGAAAAGAAAUUAUUUAAGGCUGUCAGUGUUUCGUGGCAGUGGGUGAGUUUCUUCAUCACUGGGAUGCAGCAAGGUACCUAUAUAAUGUUUAUGUGGAGAAUAACAGCACAUUCUGCACUGUACCUUCCAAUGUACCGCUAAAGGGAAACAUCUCAUAUUGACAAUAUCUUUACUACUAACCACCUCAACACUGUUCGCUCGCUCGCACACACACACACACACACACAAUGAUGUCCCGCUGAUGUUCAGAUUAAAAAUAAAUCAAAUCGUCUCCUCAAUGUUCUAGUUUUAUGUAGGCGCUCUACCGGCCACGUGCUGAAGCCAGGUCUUCGGAUGCAGAGGUAACCUAGUCGAAGAGGUCUUUCUUCUUCUCUGCUGUGUUGACCUCCGAGCCUUCUCGUGCUCAACAACAAAAAAAGUGGCUCCUUAAGUGGAGGCCCAGGGGGGAGAAAGUCACAGAGGAGAGAGAGAGACUGAGAAGUGAGUGAGGCAGUGGGGAGGAGGUGGAGGGGGCGUUCAAGCACGGUAACAGUGAGCGGCCAAUUUUUCAGCUUCAGUGUCUCUGAGCUUCACUGGAUGUCAUCCAUUCAUUAGCUGCAUACUCACUGACACACAGGCAUUAUGGUAAUAUUUACUCAACAUGGCAGCCUGACAGCUUGCUUGAGAAUGAAACUGAUUGGGUGAGUGACUUGGUCAAUCACCACUGCACGUUUGUGUGUGUGUGCGUGUGUGUGUGUGUGUGUGUGUGUGCACAUGUGGGUAUGCGUGCGUAUGUGCAUACCAGCGAGCGUCUGCAUUCUAGCAUGUGCCGUGCCAUCGUUCCUUUUGCAGAGUUAUUCCGCGCUGCAGCCAAUGACAGAUAUUUUCCUCAGCAGCCAAUGAGAUUGUGCUCUGCAGGGUUGGGAGCCGCUAUAGAUAUGACGAGAAGAACAAACAGCUUGUAAAUGAAAUCUAUGACAUGUUUGUCUAUCUUAUCUUUUGGAAUUGUUGAAUACAUUUAAAUAAUAAAUGGCAUUUUUUUGAGUG